GCCCCCGCACUUCUUGUCCGGGACCGCCAUACACUCAUGGGCGUCCCUCUGGCUUUGCUAACUCUUGCUGUGUUAUCCGGCGUCACUGCCGCCCACGAUGCGGGCCUCAUAAGCGCUCUCGGGCCCCAGGGCGUCCAUCUCGUCAAACUGAACGCGCAGAACGCGCGCUGGAAGGCGCUCGCGGACGCGUCGAAUUCCGCACAGAAACCGUUCGGCGGGGCAUCCGACGACCCGCUCUACCAAGCGUACGACGAGUUCCCCGCCCAGUGGUUCGAGCAGCCGCUCGACCACUUCAACAACGAGACCGGGGACACGUUCGGGCAGCGGUACUGGGUGAACAAAAGGCACUACGUGCCCGGGACGAACGCGCCGGUCAUUGUGCUGGAUGGAGGGGAGACUAGUGGAGAGGACAGACUGCCCUUUCUCGAUACGGGUAUAGUCGAGAUCCUGACGCGCGCCACCGGCGGCGUGGGUGUUGUCCUCGAGCAUCGGUACUAUGGAGAGACCAAGCCCGUCCAGAACCUCACCACGGACUCACUGCGCUUCCUGACAAACGAGCAGAGCGCGGCUGACAGCGCGAACUUCAUGGCGAAUGUGAAGUUCGAUGGCAUUGACGAGGACCUGACUGCGCCUGGGACGCCAUGGAUCUACUAUGGGGGCUCGUACGCCGGUGCACGCGCGGCGCAUAUGCGCGUACUUUACCCAGACCUUGUCUUCGGUGCUAUUGCCUCCAGCGCCGUCACCCACGCCGACAUCACCAACUGGCAGUACAUGGAGGUCAUCCGCCGCUCCGCCCCCGAAGCCUGCGCCCGCCACCUCGAGAACUCCAUCCAAACCAUCGACGCCGUCCUGGCCCGCGGCGGCUUCCCCUCGCGCGCAUUGAAAGCGCUGUUCGGGCUCUCGGGCCUUGAGCACGACGACGACUUCGCUUCCGUGCUGUCGUCGCCGCUCGGGUACUGGCAGGCGAAGUGCUGGGACCCGCAGUUUGGGAGCACGGCGUUUGAGGACUUUUGCGAGGUGCUGGGGAAGGCGCCUGCUGGGCAUUUGGGGGCGUUGGAGUAUGGGGAUGAGGAGAGGAUGGUGGAUGUUGGGGAUGGGUUGGCGUUGGAUUUCUCGGUGUUGAACUAUGCGAAGUAUAUUCGGGAGAACGUGGUCUCGCGCUGCACUGACAACACUGUCGAAGAGUGCUUCGGCUCAUACGACGACUUUCAAUACCUCGCGACCGACCUCGACCAAACAUGGAGACUCUGGCUCUUCCAGGUUUGCACGCAAUGGGGCUACUUCACUACCGCCCCGCCCGACCCAGCCCACCCGCGCAUCCUCUCCAAGCUCAUCACCCUCGCGCACGAGUCCAAAAUCUGCAAGCAGGCCUUCCCGCCCGGCAAGCACUUCACCGUCCCGAGCAUGCCGAAUGUGACUGCGGUGAACAUGUUGGGCGACUUUGAUAUUCGCGCGGAGAGGUUGGCGAUUAUUGAUGGGGAGGUCGACCCCUGGCGACCGGACACGCCGCAUUCGGAGGAUGCAAUUGAGAGGGAGGAUACGAUUAGCGAGCCGUUCAAAUUGAUUCCGAACGGCGUCCACCACUACGACGAGUACGGCUACCUCAACCUCGCUGACGAGCCGCCCGAGAUCCAGCAGAUUCAUGGCGAGAUGAUCCUUUUCGUGACGGAGUGGCUGAAGGAGUGGAAUGCGACAAGGACUUGAAGUGGGAAGUAUGUGUAUGCUGGGAAGAUGAGUAGCACGAGGAGUACUUGAAGAAGUUAUGGUACUGGUAGAUAGUAUCACGCAGCACAACUUGAAGUACGCCAAUGGAACAACGCGUGAUAACCUGCGCGAUGGGCGAACCCACUUUGCCUAUGCAGUCCAAACAUGACCCUUCCC